AAAUUAUUAUCUUUCUUUUCCGGUUUCCGGUCGGCUCCCGCCCCACUCCGCCAUCAUGAAGUUGUGAACCAAAAAACGAAUGAGACAGAAAGGGUAAAAAAGGAAAACAAUUCAUGAAUAACAUUUAUGUAAUGAUAAAAUAUGGUCAAGAGUGGAGCAAAUACCGGGAUCAGCUUUAAAUUGAUUAACUGUUUCCCAGUCGUAAUCUUCUGAUUGCUGGUGAGAAGACCAGGUCGUUAGCAUUUUGAUUGACUGCCAUAGCUAAUGCUAGCUAAAUCAUUUGCGAAUAAUGGAAUAUCAAUGAAAACAAUGUGGCUCGCUCGUGUUGAAUAGAGCAGAAGAGGUAACGUUAGAAAAGCGACCAAUAUUUCCCAUCCCGGGUCAGCUAGCUAGCUCUCCAGCUAGCUACAGUGGACCCCAAAAGCCACGAUUUGUCUUUGGUGGGGUGCAGGCAUGCACCCAAAUUAGCAACUGGGAUGCCAUUGCCAACACCAACAUGAACAUUUUCGAUUGAAAACAAUUGAAGGAUUUUGGCGUUGGGCAACAGAGCUAGGAAGGGGCAACCCCAUCCUUCAUAAUGGCGCUGGCCAUGCCGUCCAGUGUGCGGGCCGGGAGCCUGAAGGACCCAGAGGUAGCUGAGCUCUUCUACAGAGAUGACCCUGAGAAGCUGUUCACCGACUUGCGGGAGAUCGGCCACGGCAGCUUCGGAGCGGUCUACUUUGCACAUGACAUCCGCACCAAUGAAGUGGUGGCCAUUAAGAAAAUGUCCUACGGUGGCAAGCAGUCCAAUGAGAAAUGGCAGGAUAUCAUCAAAGAAGUGAAGUUUCUCCAGAAACUGCACCACCCCAACACUGUGGAGUACAGAGGUUGCUACCUGAGAGAGCACACAGCAUGGCUGGUAAUGGAGUAUUGUUUGGGUUCAGCCUCUGACCUACUGGAAGUCCACAAGAAGCCCCUCCAGGAACAGGAGAUAGCAGCCAUCACCCACGGUGCAUUGCAGGGCCUGGUGUAUCUUCAUUCUCACAACAUGAUUCACAGGGAUGUGAAGGCUGGUAACAUCUUGCUGACCGAGCCUGGCCAGGUGAAACUGGGUGAUUUUGGCUCAGCCUCCAUCAUUGCCCCGGCCAACUCGUUCGUGGGAACGCCCUACUGGAUGGCUCCUGAGGUGAUCCUGGCCAUGGACGAGGGCCAGUACGACGGCAAAGUGGAUGUGUGGUCACUGGGCAUUACCGCCAUAGAGCUGGCGGAGAGGAAGCCGCCUCUGUUCAAUAUGAAUGCUAUGAGUGCCUUAUACCACAUUGCCCAGAACGAGAGUCCCGUUCUGCAGUCCAAUCACUGGUCUGAUUAUUUCCAUAACUUUGUGGACUCGUGUCUGCAGAAGAUCCACCAGGACAGACCUACCUCGGACGUGCUGCUGAAGCACCAUUUCCUAUGCAGAGAGCGUCCUCACACGGCGGUGAUGGACCUGAUAGCUCGCACCAAAGACGCGGUGCGGGAGCUGGACAACCUGCAGUACCGCAAAAUGAAGAAGAUCCUUUUCCACGAGGCCCUCAACGGGCCCCAGCCCGAGGGAGGAGAGGAGGAGGAGGACGUGGAGCAGUACAUGCUGCGGACAGGUACGGUCAACAGCAUGGAGAGCUCCCAUUCGCUGCCUUCCAUGUCCAUCAGCGCAAGCUCCCAGAGCAGCUCGGUCAACAGCCUGGCGGACGGUUCGGACGACAGCGGCGAGAUGGCCAUGAUGCAGGAGGGCGAGCAAACAGUCACCUCCAACAGCUCAGUCCUGCACAAGCCCCUGAGCCAUGACAACAUCUACGACGACCCCUACCAGCCCGAACUGGACGCACAGCAGCAGCCCCCGUCACGGGGUGAGGGACGAGAAGGUGGCAGGCGGAAGGGACACCGCAGCCGAGAUCACUUUGCCACGAUCCGGACAGCAUCGCUGGUGACCCGGCAGAUCCAGGAGCAUGAGCAGGGGUCGGCGCUGAGGGAGCAGAUGUCUGGGUACAAGCGCAUGCGGCGGCAGCACCAGAAGCAGCUGAUGGGCCUCGAAAACAAGCUGAAGGCGGAGAUGGAUGAGCAUCAGCUGAGGCUGGACAAGGAGUUGGAGAACCAGAGAAACAGCUUUGGAGGGGAGGGGGACAAGCUGAGCAAGAAGCACCAGGCUAUCCUGGAGAAGGAGACCAAGGCAGCCCUGGCUGAGGAGAAGAAGUUCCAGCAGCACAUCCUGGCCCAGCAGAAGAAGGAACUGACCAGCCUGCUGGAAUCCCAGAAACGGCAGUACCGCGCACGCAAGGAGCAGCUCAAAGAGGAACUGAACGAGAACCAGUUGACCCCCAAGCGUGAGAAGCAGGAGUGGCUGGUGCAUCAGAAGGAGUGUCUCCAGCAGCUGCAGGCGGAAGAUGAGGCGGGGCUCCUGCGCCGCCAGAGGCAGUACUACGAGCUGCAGUGUCGCCAGUACAAGAGGAAGAUGCUGCUGGCGCGCCACAAUCUGGAGCAGGACCUACUCCGAGAGGACCUGAACAAGAAGCAGACACUGAAGGACCUGGAGUGCGCAAUGCUUCUGCGCCACCACGAGUCCACCCAGGAGAUGGAGUUUCGGCAGCUGGGCUCGGUGCAGCGCACGCGGGCUGACCUGAUCCGCACACAGCACCAGACGGAGCUCACCAAUCAGAUGGAGUACAACAAGCGACGCGAGCAGGAGCUGAGGCAGAAGCACGCCGUGGAGGUCCGCCAGCAGCCCAAGAGCCUCAAAUCCAAAGAACUCCAGAUCAAGCGUCAGUUCCAGGACACGUGCAAGAUCCAGACGCGCCAGUACAAGGCCCUGCGCAACCACUUGCUGGAGAACACGCCCAAGUCGGACCACAAGGCGGUGCUCAAGCGCCUGAAGGAUGAGCAGACGCGUAAGCUGGCCAUCCUGGCUGAGCAGUACGACCACUCCAUCAAUGACAUGCUGUCCACACAGGCUCUCCGAUUGGAUGAGACGCAGGAGGCGGAGUAUCAGGUGCUGCGGAUCCAGCUGCAGCAAGAGUUGGAGCUGCUCAACGCCUACCAGAGCAAGAUCAAGAUCCACACCGACUCGCAGCAUGAGCGUGAGGCCAAGGACCUGGAGCAGAGGGUGUCCAUCCGCCGGGCACUGCUGGAGCAGAGGAUUGAGGAGGAGAUGCUUUCUCUUCAGAAUGAGCGCUCUGAGCGCAUCCGCACCCUCCUGGAGCGGCAGGCCUGUGAGAUCGAGUCCUUUGACUCGGAGAGCCUCCGUCUGGGUUUCAGCAACAUGGCCCUCACGGGCAUCCCCAGCGAGGCCUACCCCAAGCAGGGCUACACCAACGCCCCACCAGUGUUCCGCUCUGGUGGGGGCCACUGGAGCCAUGGCAUGCACCCCCAGAAUGCCCAGCCCCAGCCCCAGCCGCACUCGCGCCGCAGCCACAACAGUAGUAGCAGUGGAGGGGGUGGGGGUGUUGGAGGGGGGAGCAAAGGGGAGUCUUCUUCUUCUCACGGCAUGGCUCUGGGGUUGGGUCUGGGGAGGGACGGGAGGGAGGUGCAUCCUUCAUCUCGUUCAUCAGCCUCUUCUUCCUCCUCCUCCUCCCAACAACACCACCACCGCCAUCACCUGCCACAGCACUACCACCACCAAAGCACACCCCAGCUCUACCGGGAGCGGGAGAGGGAUAGAGAGAGGGAGCGGGAGAAGGAGAGGGACAGGGAGUGGGCCGGUGUCCGAGGCAGCGGCGACCUGGCCCACCCGCAGCACCCCCAUCACUUCUCCCACAACCUGCCCUCUCGCUCCUCCUCUCAGUCCCUGGCCCUGCUGCCGCCGCCGCCCCCCGCGCCCCCCUCCAUCUCGGGGCCCUCCUCGUCCUCCUUGCAGGGAGGGGUGUAUGGCGGGGGGCUGGCCGUCAGGGGCGGUCCCAGCCUCAUGGCCCUGAGGAACAGCCCCCAGCCACUGAGGAGGACGGCAUCCGGAGGGGGACCUGGCGGGGCGGGUGGAGGCGACGGGGUGCUGAGCCGCAGCACCUCGGUCACCUCGCACAUCUCCAACGGCUCCCACCUCUCCUACUCCUAAAGAGGGGGGAGGCGGUGGAGGGUGUUCACCCGAGAGAGAGCAGGAGGUAGGGAGUAGACUGGGAUGGGGGAAUGUAGCUACCUGUCUUACCAUUGAAGUGGGUGAGGGAAAAGGAUGCGGAGAUGAUGGUGUCUGACUUUUUUUCUGAGGUGAGGCAGGGGAAGGGAGGCGGGUAGGUAUCAGUUUGAGGGUUUGCUCUUCAAGGUAGCCAUGUCUUCUUCUAUGAUGUUCUAUAAUGGAAUGGAGGAAGCGAGAGAAUAGGUGGGAAAGUGCAUGGAAAGGGAAGAGAUAAAGACAACAGACCUAAAAGUGAAUGUAUGUAUGUCGUGUGUGGUGUCCUGAUAAUCUAGCAAACACUUGUGUUGUAUUGCUUCAGAAAGGGAAGACAUGGGGAACAAUAAAAAAUGCUGGUUUUAGUCUGCAUUCAGAAAGGUAGCUAUUGUUUGAAACACAUUUUAUUGGUUUAUAACUUAUUUGUUGACAGUGUUUUGGUUUAUUUUGUAGAUGUGUUAAAAACAAGUGGCUCGGGACGUCCCCAAGGCCUUUAAGAAGUCUUAAAGGGAUGGUGUGAUGACCACGCAAGAAUUACGGCUGAUGUAAAUGAAUAUGAAUACACAGAAUGUUUAUAAAGGCAACAAACAGACCCGGUUUCAUUAAAAAUAAUGAAAGCACCUGAAAUGGAGAGAGACAUUUGUAUGGACAACAAAAUGACCUCAAAAACUUUUCCGUCAUCCAUGACAUACACUAUAUAUACAAAAGUAUGUGGACAACCCUUCAAAUUAGUGGAUUCGGCUACUUCCAACAAGUCAGUUUGUCAAAUUUCUGUCCUGCUAGAGCUCCCCCGGUUAACUGUAAGUGCUGUUAUUGUGAAGUGUAAACAUCUAGGAGCAAGAAUGGCUCAGCCGUGAAGUGGUAGGCCAUACAAGCUCACAGAAUGGGACCGCUGAGUGCUGAAGCACGUAGUGUGUAAAAAUCGUCUGUCCUCGGUUGCAACACUCACUACCAAGUUCCAAAAUGCCUCUGGAAACAACUUCAGCACAAGAACUGUUCGUCAGGAGAUUCAUGAAAUGGGUUUCCAUUUCCGAACAGCCUCACAAAAGCUUAAGAUCACAAUGCCAAGCGGCGGCUGGAGUGGUGUAAAGCUCGCCGCCAUUGGACUCUGGAGCAGUGGAAACGCGUUCUAUGGAGUGAUGAAUCACUCUUCACCAUCUGGCCGAAUCAUCUGGGUUGGCGGACACCAGGAGAACGCUACCUGUCCCAAUGCAUAGUGCCAACUGUACAGUUUGGUGGAGGAGGAAUAAUGGUCUGGGGCUGUUAUUAAUGGUUCGGGAUUGGCCCCUUAGUUCCAAUGAACGGAUAUCUUAACGCUACAGCAUACAAUGACAUUCUAGACUAUUCUGUGCCUCCAACUUUGUGGCAACAGUUUGGGGAAGGCCCUUUCUCGUUUCAGCGUGACAAUGGCCCCAUGCACAAAGCGAGCUCCAUACAGAAAUGGUUUGUCGAGAUCAGUGUGUUAGAACUUGACUGGCCUGCACAGAGCCCUAACCUCAACCCCAUCAAACACCUUUGGGAUGAAUUGGAAUGCUGACUGAGAACCAGGCCUAAUUGCCCAACAUCACUAAUGCUCUUGUGGCUGAAUGUAAGCAAGUCCCAGCAGCAAUGUUCCAGCAUCUAGUGGAAAUCCUUCCCAAACGAGUGGAGGCUGUUAUAGCAGCAAAGGGGGGACCAACUCUAUAUUAAUGCCCAUGAUUUUGGAAGGAGUUGUUCAAAAAUCAGGUGUCCAUAUACUUUUGGUGAUGUAGUGCAUUUAUUAUCUUUAAAAAUGACAUAGGUGUCCAUGGGAGUCGCUCUAAUGCAUUACAUAAAUGUACAAAACAUUUGUAAACAUGACCAAAAUCACAUUUGAGAUGUACAGUAUUAGUUGUCCAAGUUUCACUGGUAUUUAAAGACCAGUGCAGUCAAACUUAAUUUUCCUGUGUUUUACACUGCAAAAAGGGAAAUCUAAGCAAUCCUAAAUAUCUUCUAUUGAGUGAUAAUUUGACCUUCUUGAAAAAUCUUGAAAUAAGUUAAAUUACUUGUAUUAAGACUUUUUUAAGGUUAAAAUAAGCACAAUUAUUUGCCAAUUAUGUUAGAUAAUUGAGCUUAGUAAGAAAAAACAAGAAAAAAACACUUAUCACUCAAUGUAAGAUAUUUAGGCUUGCUUAAUGUUCACUUUUUGCAGUGUAUAUAUAUUUCCACACUGUGGUUUGAAUAAUAUUGUGAAAAGUAUGAUAAUGCCCUUGUAGUGUACGAUAUGUUUAAAAAGACCGCCUGAAAUUUCAGCUUUUGUUUUGGUGACAUCAUCAGACAGUUAAUAGACCAAUAAGAAUGAGCGUUCCAAACCUCUUUGACAAAAACUGCUAGUUUUAAGUUUCCCCUUCCCCACUCAAAACAGUCCUAGCAAAAUUCUUGCUUGAGAAAUGGCUAUUCUUGUUUAUUUUCUUUUAAAAACAAAAAUGUAUCCGUUUUAUGGAGUAAUAACGACAAUGAUCAUAGUAAUUUUGAUAUAUUCAAUGAGUAUUGAACCCAGGAUUUAGACUAAGAAAGCAUUUUCUAUAGGUCAAUAUUACCAUUACUAAUCCAUAUAUAGUUGUUGUAAUCUUGUACAAAAAUGUGUUUUUAUCUUGCAAGAAAAAUGCCACUUUUGACUGUGGGCUAUGGUUGAAAAUGUGUAAAAAAAUAGAUAUACAUUGGAUUGUCAGGUAUGGUGUGUGUAACAGGUAUUAAUGAUUAUUAAUAAUGUUUUAUUAAUAAUUGUUGAUUAUUCAUGUGUGUACAUGUGUUGGUUGAGUGGUAAUACAGUCUAGUUAUAUUGCCACUUUUUUAGACAAACAAACAUUAUUGCAUUUUAAAGACACUUGUGUAAUCUUUAUAAAAGGUCUGACCCCAAUGAAAAGGAAGGUGACACAUCCAAAAGAAGCAACAUUGGUUGACAUGAACAUUAUUAACCUCUUCUGGUAUGUUUAUGUUCGGUUGUUGGAUUUUGAAAUGAAAACGUUGGUUGAAUUUUCUAGAGAUUUCACGAUUUAUUCUACUGAGCCCACACAUAUUCUAGCAUGAAGAACAAAAUGGAGUUCAAAGAUAAAGAAAUGGUGCACAAUUUAGAUGAUAAUCUCACAGUGCAAACCAUCAUUGCAAGGUGCGAGCCACUUGUCAGUGAGCUUGUGCUGCAAGUUGAAGUAAGUUUUAAGGUUAAGGGUGGUCAACCAUUUGUUGUGUAGUUAAGCCUACACUCACCAAGGCCAUAUUACUCAAAUACUUAACUUCCCCUUUCUUAAUUAAAGGGGUCUGCCUCAUUCAGUUAGCUAAGACUCUGUUGAUAACUAGGGAUUCUGAGAUGCUGUUCCUUUGUACAAACAGGGUGAUUUAUUUAUUCAAUCUCAAAAACACCAGCUCUGAUAAGUCCCCCUGUAGCCUAAUACUUCAUGCUUGGUUUAAAUCUCAGUGCAUGCAGAAAACUCCUUAUAUAAAUAAGACUGGUGGGUUUUGAUAUGUGGAUGGAUGGUAACAUAACAUGCUAAUUCAUAGGUAUUGGGGGGUGGUGCAGUAAAAGGUGUUAUCUUAAUUUCUUAAGGUCUAGGAAAUCAUGAUGGACAUCAGGAAGAAGAGAUCCCAAUUCCUUUGUCACAGCCAUAGCUGGUUAGAUGAUGAUAUGGACUGUUCUGUGUGGACUUGUACUUUAUGGUUUGCAAAGGGGAAAUUUUCAGUUAAUAUGUAAACAUAGUUGAACAUUCCAAUCAGGGGAUUCCAAGCUUGAGGGAAAAGAAUAGGGUUCUUUAAAAUGUGUUGAACAAGAAGGUAAAAGCAAAGUAAUAAAAAAUAAAACAUGAAUGAUCGUAAA